UGCUAAAAUCGCUGAUUUUGGGUUGGCCAGGUCUUUCCAAGAAGAUAAGAGUCACAUCAGCACUGCUAUUGCAGGAACAUUAGGAUAUAUGGCUCCAGAAUAUCUGGCCCAUGGCCAGUUGACAGAGAAAGCAGAUGUGUACAGUUUUGGUGUGCUUUUGUUGGAGAUAGUUACAGGAAGCCAGAACAACAGGAGCAAAACUUCAGAAUAUUCAGACAGCCUGGUCAUCGUUGCAUGGAAGCAUUUCCAACAAGGGAGAGCAGAAGAACUCUUUGACCCAAACCUAAUGCUGCAUAACUACCCCAACAGCAACAUGAAAUAUGAGGUUUUAAGAGUGCUGCAUGUAGGACUUCUGUGCACUCAAGAGGUUCCUUCACUACGACCAUCAAUGUCUAAGGCACUGCAGAUGCUGGCAAAGAAAGAUGAGCACCUCCCUUCACCCACUAAUCCACCUUUUGUAGAUGAGCAAACCAUGGCACUUAAUGACACAUUCAAAAACCCGAGUCACCCGCUCAACGUCCUCAAUUCUGAUUCAAUUGCCAGUGUCUCCCAUAGUUCCUUCUACCCUAGGUAACACCUAAGUAGGAUGAAUCUGGAAGAGUUUCAUGGAAAAAGUUAUUACAGCCCAUUCAUCUACAAGGGAAAAUAUACAAGCAUCUGAAAGUUGUAUCAUAGACUCCCUUAUCAGCCAUUAUGAGUUACAGAUUGAUACACAAGACACAAAUAUAUGGUGGUGAUACAAGUACAAAGGUUCGACACCAAUAUUUUCUAUUGCUACACAAAGUUUGAGAAAGUGAAUAAUCCUGUAAAGUUGUGUUGUGGUUAUUGGGUACAAAUUUUGUUUAUUAUCGUUCUUAAAUUUUGCUGUGUGUGAACUGUACA